UUUGAUAACACGUAUCUACCAUAAUGAACAAUAUUAUAAUAUUAUUCAACAUAAACGCUGGUGGAGCUAGACUGCUAGUCUAAGACGGUUCAGACCUUAUAAUAUUGAACGUCUUACUAUACAGCAUUAUACAUCAUGACAUCAAAAAGAAGAAUUAAACACCUAUUGGAUCUUGCUAAUGAAGCUAAUAAUAAAGAUGACGCUAUGAACAACAUUACAUAUUAUAAAAAAAAAAGUAAGACAAAUAUUACCAAUUUCUCUAAUAGGAAACCAAAAUAUGAAACUAAUUUAAUAGCCAAUUCAUCUAUUUCAAAAACAAAAUAUUAUGAAGUUUUAACAAAAGAUUCCUUAAAGGAUAUUGAAUUCAUUUAUGAGAAUGUUGUAACUUCUAUAAAUGAACCAGAUAAUAUUUAUAAUGAAAAUAAUUUAAAUGUUCCUAAUAAUACUUCACCAACCACUGAAAAUCAAGUUGAUGACAGUAUUUAUGACAAGACUGACUGUAUAACUAAUUUUGAAACUGAUAAUGAUGAAUUUAAUAAUUAUGAAGAUUGCUUAAAGGAUAAUAUUGAAUUAACUUAUGAGGAUAUAAAAGUUGUAACUUCCAUUGAUGUACCAGGUAAUAUUUCUAAUGAAAAUAAUUUAAAUGUUCCUAAUAAUACUUCACCAACCAUUGAAAAUCAAGUUGAUGACAGUAUUUAUGACAAGACUGACUGUAUAACUAAUUUUGAAACUGAUAAUGAUGAAUUUAUUAAUUAUGAUCAUGACUAUUCAAAAGAAAUUGAAAUUGAAACUUCAGAUUCAAUCACUGACAAAAGAGUGCGUAAAAGAGGUAUAAUAUCACAAAAAAAAAAUUGGAAUAGGGAAGUUAUGCAACAAAAUAGAUUGCUAGGAAAGGCAUACAUAAAUAUGAUUAAAUAUGAUCCCACAACCAAAAAAAUAUAUUACAAAAUAAAUUUUGAACAUGAAUAUACAGAAUUACCCCAGUACCAUCGAACAAAAAAAACUAUAGAUCUGUCCAUCAACACACCUUGUUUGUAUAAUAGCAGAAUUCCUAUUACUCUGUCCAAGUGGAUUGAUCUCCAAAAAUUAAAAACUGUUCUACCAACUGAUGUCCAUGAUUAUUAUGACAAUAUACCUCACUUAAAGACUUAUAAAGAAAGAAAAUGUGAUAAAAUUUAGUUAUUAUGUUUUUUUUUUUUGUUAUAAUUAUUAUUAUUAUGUUUUAACAAGAUUUUUUAUUAUUUUAUUUUAGUGAAUUGUUAUAUUUUGUAUAUUAUUAUUUAUACUAUAAUGCAGUUUUAUUGGUGUUCAGUAUUAAUUAAGAUAAUAUUAAAUAAGGAAUUAUAACAAUUUAUAAUGUGGUAAAAAUCAGAUAUUAUGUUUUUUUUUUUUAUAAUUAUUAUGUUUUAACAAGAUAUUUUUAUUUUAGUUAACUGUUGUAUAUUUUAUAUUAUUAUUAUUUAUACUACACACCUAGUUCAAGUUUUUGAUUUUAAUUAAUAUAUUUUAUUGUUUAUGUUUUUUAUUGAUUUGUAAAAUAAAACAGGUUCAUUUAUUUCAAAAUUUAAAAUGUA